AUGGCACCUAAGAGGCCACGGCAUAACACUGGUGCGGCGGAUACACCCACAGACAUUCCUGCCCCUGAUACACCAGAUGCCGCCUUGACUGUUGUACGUCGUCUCGUGAAACAGUUUAGUCUCGAUGUCCAAAUAGAAGAUGACGACUCAGAACAUGGUGUGGGAGUUGGCUUCUCCAAAGUGACAUACGAUGACGUCGCUCCUCUCGUCGGACUUGAACCCUGGAAUGCGUUGAAAGACAUUGGAACCUUUGAAAUCCACCGCUCUCGUAUUCCCACAGAUCUUUUCAAGUCGAUUGUGAUGGACAUAGAUAUCUUGUUAAUGCAGCACGGGCCCCCUCAUGAGCAUAAGACAGAAGAGGCGAGAUCGAGAUUCUUCUCUCCGAUUUUCAACCACCUCGUCAAGGAGUUCACUUUCACGCUAAGGAAUGACCCAGAGACCACAGCUACGCAGGGUCGCAUCGAGUACUACUUCAAAGCUUUUGGCGCUGUCGCGGUUCUUUUCAUUGAGAUACAGCCGAAAGUGUUCAAUGAUGAAGAACGUUUGAAGGCUAUUGCUCAGGUCAUAGCCAAAGGUGAUGGUUGCGACGCCAGCAACCUCUCUCACGAUUUUUCUCUACCUAUCCACUGCAUUUUCUUCGAUGGCUGGUCCUUCGAAUUUUUCAAGUACGAAAGAACGCCAAAUCGAACUUUUCUACGUGGCUGCUUUCAUGGAGAUCCGAAGCACCUCCGGCGUGGCCUGGAAAUGCAUGACUUUGUGCGCAUGGAAACUCCUCUUCCUUGGAUUCUCCAGUUUCGCUGCAUAUGUGAGACCAUCUUCGACGUGAUGCUGAGCGCAUAUAUCGCAGGCUUGAAGGCAUAUAACAAUCGAUUGCCAGGAAAGGGGGAGAAGCGGGGUUUGAAGAGUUUGGGUAAAUGGGAUCAGGCCCUUCAAUCGGCUGAAGAUGCACUGGCCGUAUUUAGGGAGGCUGAGGGUCUGCGUGAGGGAGGUGAUCUUGAUGGUGCGGAUACGACCGUUGACAGGGCACUUCUUGCGCUACAGGAGAGUACAAGUGCAGUGCCCACUAUGUACAAAUCGGGACUCAUCAUGACUGCCUGGGAUGAUGCUGAGGUUAGGAAGGCAUGA